GUAAGGUAGUGCAUAGCCAGAGAUCUAUCGCACAAAUCCACAAGGGCCAUGACGAGGAUUCGAACCUACGUCCGAGAUGCAUUAUUUGAUGCAUUUGAUGCAUCACUAUUGUGAUUUCUGUGUGUAACAGAGAUCUAUCAGUCAAGGAAUACUAGCAGUCUUCAAAAUGUCUGAUUUAAUGUUCAUCAUUAUCUGUGACAAAUACUGUAAAUGUCUGGAUUACAUAUUGUAGAGCAGUCGGCCGCUAUCUCAGGCCCAUACAUGUGAACUCUCGCUUGGGAGGUUAUACUGUAACUCUGAAAAUGUUAGAUUCUCACGCUCACAAAAUUAAUAAAAUCCUCCCAACUUUUUUCAGAACUCCAGACUUCAAUUUUUUAGAUGUCGGUGAAGGAGGAAAUACCGUAUUUAUUGAUGCAUCCGCCCUGGGAGAAUUAUCGAGUCAGCUGACCCAGCAGGACCUGGAGGCCCUUGUUGGAUUGAACAUUCAAGCUGCGGCUGACUUUGAGGCCCUUCAGGAUGCAAAUGAAGCACAUGUGGUAGACACAAGUGGGGUGCUGAUAUCAGAUGGGGUCACCGUGGGUAAUAUUGUGGAGGUGUCGGGUGGUGAGGGCGUGGAUGACCAACAGCAGAUUGAUUCACAAUCCCACCACCACACAUCCCACCACCAGCCCAUGGAGGUGGAUGCUCUCACGCAACAUGCACAGGUUAUUGACAUGGAGAUGUUGCAACAAGGGAGUGAACUAAUAACCAUGACGGGGGAAGAGCUGUCGGGAGGAGAUGGUGGUACGACAGCUGUACUUGCUACUGUUUCCUCUGAUGGAGACAACACGUCACACCAGAUUGUCACCGAUGCACCCCAGAUCAUCAAAAGUAGCCUCGGCCAGUUUGUUGUUCUACAGCAAAAUCAACAGAACUCUAUAUCGCUGGGGUCCAUGGGUAAUCGUAUAAUAACCUCUGGUGGGCAAGUUGUAUCCACGGUAGGAGGACUUAGUAAUACCAGCAACAACAAGCCUGUAAUGGUGAACACAUCCCAUCUUGGCGGGACACUGAGACAGCAGAUGGUUGUAACGCAACCCUCUCCUCAGACGCAGCAGGUUCGGACAGUGCAGUUUAAGCAGGCACCGCAGACGCAGUCACUUAAUAGUGGAACUGUAACAAAAGUGAUUAUAACAAGUCAGGCUGGUGGUACCCUUGGUACCAUGGGAGGCCAGCAGCUUCAGCUCGUCACCAGUCAGAGUGGUGGCGGCGGUGGUAGUCAGGUGACGUCUUCUCCGACGAAGCUCACACUGCAGCAGGCACAGCGCAUGGGUCUUAUAUCACCAUCAAAACCUCUGAGUCAGUCUCCCAAUAAGCAGAUUGUUGUUGAGCGGGUGAGUAUGGGCGGAGUUUCCCCAGUGAAGAGUCCUAGUAAGUUGAUCCCAGUGUCUAUGGCCUCUAAGUCACCCACCAAAAUUGCCCCAGCCCCACCCACUGGACAGCAACAGAUUAUUACACACCAGAUCAGCAGUGGUGGUGCAGUUCGCAACAUAGUAUCAAGCCCACAAAAAAUUGUCAUAAAGAGCAGUGUACCACAGCCUGGACAGGGAACAGUAAGCUCAGUGAGAACUGGUCAGAUAGUAACUUCAGGAGGACAGCAGGUCAUUAAGAUACCUGCAAGUCAGGUCCAGCAACUAACAGGUCAAGGGCAAAAUGUCCAACUACUUUCCAAUAAGAUGAAUUAUGUACGACUUGUGAAUUCAAAUGUGGGUGGUGGCGGCGGGGGUGGAACCACCUUGAUACGACCUACUCCCUCGACUAAUAAACCUAUUGCUCCAGCAGCUUCACAACCAAUCAAAAUAAAGGCAAUGCCUAUAGCACCCAACCAACAAACAAAUAAGCACCGAGUGAUCAUCCCGGUGUCGGGAUCCGUAACGUCGACCAGUAUGGGAGGCGGGGUCCCCAUCCGCCCCCAAACUAACCUCACUUUGCCAGCUUCUGCUCUUCCACCAGGGGUGCUUUCUAACACUCAGCCCGGCUCCGUUGUUAUGAUUCCUGCCCACUAUAUGUCUCAGCUCCAAUCCAGCACAUCAAAUAACACAACAGUCCAGAUGUCUAACCAGCCUCCUCCCGGUACAAUAAUUCCACAUACUCCUAAGCCGCCGCCAUCUCGCACUGUUAUAGACGCCAAUGGAAUAAGACCGAGAAAACCGUGCAACUGUACUAAAAGCCAAUGUCUAAAACUAUACUGUGACUGUUUUGCAAAUGGUGAGUUUUGCAAUAAUUGUAACUGUGCAAACUGUUUCAACAAUUUAGGACACGAAGAAGAUAGACAGAAGGCUAUUAAGGCUUGCUUAGACAGAAACCCACAAGCUUUCAGACCUAAAAUUGGUAAAGGUGGCAAUGACAACGAGAGAAGACAUAACAAAGGAUGCAACUGCAAGCGUUCAGGAUGCCUUAAAAAUUACUGUGAAUGUUAUGAGGCCAAGAUACCUUGCUCUAAUAUGUGUAAAUGUGUUGGCUGUAAAAAUGUUGACAUGAAUCCAGCCGUAGAGAGGAAAGGAUUGAUGCAACUAGCAGAGUGUGCAGAAGCCAGAGUCAACCAACAAAAGGCUGUCAAGUCCAAACUUCCCUCAUUUUCUCAUCAUUCGCCUUCAAAAAUGUUUUUACCUACAUCAACAAAAUCUGGUUACUGUCGCAUGAACCAAGAAGUUGUGGAAGCAACGUGCCAGUGUCUCCUGGCCCAAGCCGACAAAGCUGAGAGUGCCCUGGUGUCUAAGGCCCAAUUGGAGCAUACAGUAAUUGCAGAAUUUUCCCGAUGCCUAAUGCAAAUUAUUGGUAGCUAUACAUCUCGGUCUAGAGGAUUGGGAGAUACUUAGCACGAAGAGAGAUUUAUGGUAAUAUUGUACACUAAGGUUUUAAGUCAUGUAUAUAGAUUCACA